AUGCCCCCCCCUCCCACCUUUUCAAAGAUGCAUAUUUCCCUGCAGGCGCCGAGAGUACUCUAUACGUGUGCCGCCAGACUGGCUGUCAUCCAUCGAUUAGCAUUCCCGGCCGGGUCGAUUGAUAGCAAGCAUGAAGCACCUGAUCGUAUGCGAUAUCUGUGCUUUGGGAACGCACCCAACAAGCUCCCGCGCGGCUCAGGCAUCUGCGCUGUAAGCACCCCUGUGUGGAGCUCUACCUGGCAGCACCUGCUUACUUGUCAAGUCUUUGGUGUUAACCCAUCAACGACCAUGUUCUGUCAUGGAUUUCUAACAUCCACCCGCACCAUCCAUCUCUCGGAGCAUCGAUCACAAACGGGCGAACGCAUGGCGCAUGAUGGUAGGCACUAGGCAGCACCAUGCGACAUGCGCUCGCGCGAUCCCCAUGUGUGGCAGAGGCCGAUUACCAGCUGCUGAUUAAGGCCCAGCGGUCCAUAACCGCGCGGGAGAAUCCACUCACCCCUUGCCUAGGCAAGGUAGUUACCCGCCGACCCCCGCCAUGGCGCAAUAGGUGUCGUUGCUGCAUGGUUGACUCUCGAGGUCGAAAAAUGUUUAGUCACUGGCGCACACGGUGAUUCCGGCCUCUCAAGUCGUUUCCGGCGCGGGGAAUUUAACCAUUCCUGCCGAAAAUGAAAUAUUCUUUGCCGCAAGAGCUCCUCCUACCACCGGCUCCCAUCCCACAGACCUCGGCCAAGAAGUGCGGAUCGGACUCGGGGGCGGCCAUGCCCAGGGAUGCAUUCUUCCGAUAAAAGAAGGAUCUGUAUCGACGGUUUCGAGCAUCUUGGGAAGCACCGGUCCGAUCGUCGAUGUAUGUUUACCGGUCUCGGAAAUACGGACUUAGGGGCCUCUGGCUCAACGCCGGGAAGUCGCAUCAUCGCCGAGUUCUAUCUGAUCUUCGCUUGCUGGGGCUCCGAGUCAAUCGUAGCCUCGGCCCGACUUUCAAUUACAUUGACCGCCUUGGGCAGAGACCACUCCCUUAAGUCCAGGUCAUUGUCCGCAGCGUCAAAGUAGACCCUUGAAUGUAGUGAUGCGCAGGUGGUAUAGACCUUCUGCAGAGGCGAUCCUAUGCUUAUACCGUUUUUCAAUCCGAUUUGAUCCCCUGUUACGUUGAGAAGACCCAUCCAGUGGGAACGGUCAGUAGUGCUCUGCCUGCAGAUUCGACAUGUUGUGCCAUAAUCUCCCAACUGAGUGAGGUAAUCAAAGCCAAGGAGAUGAUGAUAUUGUGUUCAUCCAACCUGGCUCGUUCCGCAGGUUGGCCUCUCUUAUGAUAAAGCGUGUCUGGAUCUAAUGUUGCUUUCGGGCUAUGUUUGAACCAUACAUGAACAAAAACGCUUUGUCUAUACUACAGCAAUGCUGCCCAUCCACCUAUACUACAUUUGCGCGAGAGAAGCCGAUGUCCGCAACAACAGUAACACCGGAAACAAUCCAGAAGGUGGAUGAGUUCGUUCUUCUCAACUCCCCAAGUUGCCUUCUCAGAAUGCAAAAGCUAUUCACCCGUUCUAUCGUCCCAUACCAUGCCGAGUUAAAAAAAAUAAAAAAAACCCUGUCGUGCAACAAUUCUUUUUUUUCUCUGGUGGUCAGAAAUCAUUUCUGUAACCCCAAAAACGCCAUCUAGGUGCAACAUUUUGUCGCAAUACGCGCCUUUACCCACGUUGCCUUUCUUUUCCGGCGGUCUUUUAUGUCCGACGACCGAGGCCGCGCCGUAAUCCCCGAAUAACCCGUGGCAUCGCAAAGUUUCGAUUAAUCGUCCGCGUCAGCAGUAAGCCCACUCGUUCUUUUAGCCCCCUUCAAGAGUAUUUUCUCGACAUUUGGGCUUUCGGGCGAUAAUUAAAGUGGUAGGUCUCCCGCC